AUGGGGUCAUUGACAGGCAAGAAGAUCACCAUUUCUAUUGACCGAGGCGGCACAUUUACAGAUGUACAUGCUACGGUACCCAGCAAACCUGACAUUGUACUCAAACUUCUUUCCGUGGACCCUUCAAAUUAUCAGGAUGCUCCAACAGAAGGAAUUCGCAGGGUUCUUGAGGUCGCAACGGGCAAAUCCUUGCCAAGAAACCAGCCAUUGCGACUAGACCACAUAGAAUGUUUACGAAUGGGAACUACCGUUGCCACAAAUGCUUUGCUAGAACGCAAGGGCAUGAAAUCGGCGCUGGUAACAACCAAAGGCUUCAAAGACCUUCUUCGCAUCGGCAAUCAGGCUCGCCCAGACAUCUUCGACCUCUCUGCAAGGCGACCUGCCGUUCUUUUUGAAGACGUCGUCGAGGUUAACGAGCGUAUCGUGCCGUCGCAUCCCAGGUCAUCUCGGGAACUCCUUGAACCUUUUCGGGCGCUUGAGGGCAUUACCGGAGAACAAUAUCACGUAAUACAAGAGCUGGAUACUGAAGGACUUGUUGCCGACUUACAGGCUCUCAAAGAUGGAGGGUAUGGUUCAGUGGCGGUAGCUUUGGUUAAUUCAUUCGCUUGUCCCGAUCACGAAAUCAAGAUUGGUGAGAUUGCCAGCAAGAUGGGAUUCUCUGUUGCCCUAUCUUCGCAGCUACAGCCCAUGAUCAAGGUUGUUCCACGUGGAAUGUCCGCAACUGCUGAUGCAUACCUGACUCCCGUUAUCAAGUCCUACAUCGACUCAAUAUCAGCAAAUUUCGAGGGUGGCCUAGAUGGCUCACAUGGUUGCCGGGUCGAGUUCAUGCAAUCCGAUGGUGGGCUUGUAGACUUCCGCAAAUUCAGUGGCCUAAAAGCCAUCCUCUCUGGUCCUGCCGCUGGAGUUGUUGGAUAUGCCUCCACCAGCUGGGACCAAGAAGCUCAAAUACCAAUUAUUGGCUUUGACAUGGGCGGCACAUCAACCGACGUUUCUCGUUUUGACGGACAAUUAGAUCACACGUUUUCCUCAAGCAUCUCGGGAGUUAGUAUCCAAGCACCGCAGCUAGACAUCAACACGGUUGCUGCAGGAGGUGGAUCAAUUCUGUCUUGGAGAAACGGGCUGUUCAUGGUUGGACCAGAAUCUGCAUCUGCGCAUCCAGGUCCGGCUUGCUAUAGAAAAGGAGGACCUCUUACCGUCACCGAUGCAAACCUUUUCCUCGGGCGUCUUCUACCCGAAUAUUUUCCCAAGAUUUUUGGACCAAACGAAGACCAACCUCUAGACCGCGAAGUUACCAAGAAGUUGUUCGAAGAGCUCACCGAAAAGAUCAACCAGGAGCAUAACCAGGCCCGAUUGACGCCUGAACAAGUGGCUCUUGGAUUUCUCAAGGUCGCAGAUGAGUCCAUGACAAGGCCAAUACGCAACCUGACUGAAGCACGUGGAUUUGAAACGUCGUCGCACCAUCUUGCCUGCUUUGGCGGUGCCGGAGGCCAGCAUGCAUGCAAUGUUGCGGCAUCACUUGGAAUCUCACGCAUCAUCAUUCACAAGUACUCAUCGAUCCUGUCUGCGUACGGAUUGGCGCUUGCUGAAAUUGUGCAAGAGGCACAAGAACCGAUGGCAGCUCAAUAUUUGGGAUCUGAAGAGCUCAUCAGGGCUAAAUUGGAAGGUCUAAUUCACCGCUCCACGGAGCAGUUGCGAGCACAGGGUUUUAUAGACAGCCAGCUCCGGCACGAAGUUUUCCUCAACAUGAGAUACGAAGGGUCCGACACGAGCUUGAUGAUCCUUCAACCCUCUGAUGGUAAUUUUGCCUCAGCUUUCAUAAACCGACACCGAAGAGAAUUCAACUUUACGUUUGAGCGGCCGAUUCUUGUGGAUGAUGUCCGCGUAAGAACUAUUGCGUCUGCGAAUAAGCUCUCAGAGAAGAGCCCGCUACAGCAGCUGAUGGCCGUCAAAAUAAAGCAAGCGCCUCCAGCUACGCAACAUACAAGUGUCUACUUCGAUUCAAACUCGGGAUUUAUCAAGACUCCAAUCUACCUACUGCGAGAACUUGGGUCUGGUGUUAAGCUUCACGGUCCGGCUAUCAUCAUUGAUGAAACCCAAACCAUUGUCGUCUCACCAAAUGCCGUUGUUCACGCACUCGAAACCUGCGUCCUCAUUGACUUAGAAUCCGCGCCAAAAGAGAAUUCAGUACUGUCGCAAGUCGAUCCUGUUCGCCUAUCCAUUUUUAGUCAUAGAUUCAUGUCUGUAGCAGAGCAAAUGGGCCGGACGCUUCAGAAAACCUCCGUAUCUACCAAUAUCAAGGAGCGCCUUGACUUCUCUUGCGCUUUAUUCUCACCAGAUGGCGGUCUGGUUGCUAAUGCCCCCCAUGUACCUGUUCAUCUUGGUUCGAUGCAAUUCGCCGUUCGGUAUCAGCACAAGCGGUGGCAAGGAAAACUUAAGGAUGGUGAUGUCUUGGUUUCGAACCAUCCUGUCUCUGGUGGAACGCAUCUUCCAGAUGUGACGGUUGUCACCCCUGUGUUCAAACAGGGAACGGACGAAAUCAUCUUCUACGUAGCUUCGCGUGGUCACCACGCAGACAUCGGAGGUAUUCUCCCUGGUUCUAUGCCCCCAAAUUCGACUGAGCUCUGGCAAGAAGGAGCUGCAAUUGAGUCAGAAAAGGUUGUCUCCGACGGCGUCUUCAAUGAAACUCGCAUGCGGGAGCUUUUCCUAGACAUCCCAUCAAAGUACCCAGGAUGUUCUGGAAGCCGAAACUUAAAUGACAACAUCUCAGACCUAAAGGCACAGAUCGCUGCUAAUGCCCGUGGCAUAGCACUAAUUCAGAAUCUCAUCGAGGAAUACGGACUUCAAACCGUACACAUGUACAUGUUUGAGAUUCAGAAGACUGCAGAGCUGGCCGUGCGAAACCUCCUCAAGGACAUGUACCACCGGUACAAUGGGGAACCACUAGAGGCGUUAGAUUUCAUGGAUGAUGGAACCCCUAUCAAAUUGAAGAUCACAAUUGCGAAGGAUGGUUCUGCCGUUUUUGACUUUGCCGGUACAGGUGAGGAAGUCCGCGGCAACAUCAACGCACCAGAGGCCAUCACACACUCGGCAAUCAUCUACGCGUUGCGAUGCAUGAUCAAGUCAGACAUCCCUCUGAAUCAAGGCUGUCUUAAUCCAGUUGACAUCAGAAUUCCGCGCCCAAGUAUCCUAAGUCCAACGGGGGCAGCCGCUGUGGUGGGAGGAAACGUUACCACCAGCCAGCGAGUCACAGAUGUGGUGCUAAAGGCGUUACAUGCUUGUGCCGCAUCCCAAGGCUGUCUGAAUAACCUAACCUUUGGUGUCGACGGAAAAGUGGACGAGGCUACAGGGAAAGUUAUUCCCGGCUUCGGCUACUACGAGACCAUUGCCGGAGGGGCAGGGGCAGGUCAAAAUUGGGUUGGAGAGAGCGGCGUGCAUGUACACAUGACAAACACACGCAUCACCGACCCUGAGAUUCUGGAAAAGAGAUAUCCCUGUAUUCUCCGCCGAUUUGAGAUGCGUGAAGGAACGGGAGGCGAGGGACUGAACCGUGGGGGACACGGUGUAUCGCGAGAGAUCGAGUUCCUCGCUCCUGUGCAGUGCUCUAUCCUCUCGGAGCGGCGUGUGCAUCGACCAUAUGGCAUGGAUGGCGGCCAAAAAGGAGCAGCUGGAUUGAACUUGUGGCUCACCAAGGAUAAGCAUACCGGCAUAGAAAGACGGGUGAAUAUGGGCGGAAAGGGGAGUGUACCUAUGGAGGCUGGAGACCGAGUUCUCAUUAUGACGCCCGGUGGUGGUGGAUUCGGCACCAAGGUCUGA